CGGCUAUCGUCUGAAAAGAUUGCCAGAUGACAUCCUUCUGUUUCAAGUUCCAUAACCAAAGAAAUCUCCUUUUCUGACAUUAAGUUAUUACAAAGAAUACUUGGUGAGUCCAUCGAUAAGAUGCCAAAGAACUCUAUCUAUCUCAUUGCCGUGUUUCUGAUGAUCGGUUCUUCCACAUCGCUGCACUUCAGCAAAUUCAAUAAAUCUGAAUGCGAUAUACUCAAAGGUGCAGCAAAAAGAGUCCAAGUUUUCUUCACCCUGUCUUCAUUAACGGUCUCCACUACGCCAGAGGGAAUUGUUAAGCGGCCGUUAGAAGUCAACUGGGUUGGAGGUCAUUCAUCUCCAGGUGACAGUGUCAGUAUCUACAGGGAAGAUCCUGAGCUGUUGGUGUCUACAGGCAGGAUCCUUUGGUUCGAACCCAUUCUAUCCAUUAAUCCUCUGGAUUUUCCUGAUGGGUAUUUUAAAACUCUUGAUAUAGAAUUGCCAGUCAUCUUUUUCAACAUGAGUGCCUUACAUCAAGAACCAUGCUUAGGAUACUGGGCUGUUUACAGUAACAAAAACGGCAAAAUACUCUCUUCUUCUUGUCUUCGAAUUCGUCCUUUCUGGAUGGAAAAGCAUUCCAGAUAUUUAUCCGAACUGACGUUGGCAGAAGCCAUGAUUCCAGGCAGUCACGAUUCUGGCAGUUUCUACUUUCAUAAGCUGAUAACGCCUAAAGAAUUAUACGAAUAUACUCAGGAUGAAUCCAUUUUUAAUCAACUGAUAUACGGACUCAGGUAUUUUGAUUUGAGAAUUGGAUAUAGCUCUCAUAGAGAGGAGUAUUACAUUAAUCACGGCAUCCUGAUGACGAAGCAUUCGGUGAAAUCUAUCCUUGAUGAGGUUCUUCAAUUCAUAAGCGCGACUAAAGAGAUUGUGAUAUUGGACUUUCACAACUUUCCCAGCGGGUUCACACGAGAUUCCAUUCAUUAUGGGCUGAUGGACAUGAUAGUUCGUACCUUAGGAUCUUACCUCAUUCCUUGUACACCACCCUAUCAUAAUAUGACUUUCAGGAAAUUGUGGAAGGAAAACAAAAGAGUUCUGGCAAGCUAUGACAGCCAAUUAAGAAAUCGUCGGUAUCCCAACAACUUUUGGCCAGCCAUUCCGAGAGCUUGGGGCAAUAAACAGCAUCCACAAGACCUGAAGCGAUACUUUGAUGAGCUAUACAAGAAACCGAGACCUGAAGGUCUUUGGGCCUCUAUGGCAGAACUGACUCCACGCCUGGACACAAUUAUUUUCUUUCCGUUCAUGGGUUUGCGAAAGUUCGCUGACAUGAUCAACAGAAAUGUUACUCGCUGGUUUAGAGAUCUGUACUGGGAAAAAAUUUAA